CUCCGAGUGCGCCCGCCACCGCCGCCGCCGCCACCACCACCCCUGCCUCCGCCGCCGCCGCCGCCGCCGCCGCCGCUACCAUGCCCAACUUCGCCGGUACCUGGAAGAUGCGCAGCAGCGAGAACUUCGAUGAGCUCCUCAAGGCCCUGGGUGUGAACGCCAUGCUGCGGAAGGUGGCCGUGGCGGCGGCGUCCAAGCCGCACGUGGAGAUCCGCCAGGACGGGGACCAGUUCUACAUCAAGACAUCCACCACGGUGCGCACCACCGAGAUCAACUUCAAGGUCGGAGAGGGCUUCGAGGAGGAGACCGUGGAUGGACGCAAGUGCAGGAGUUUGGCCACUUGGGAGAAUGAGAACAAGAUCCACUGCACGCAGACUCUCCUCGAGGGCGACGGCCCCAAAACCUACUGGACCCGAGAGCUGGCCAACGACGAGCUGAUCCUGACGUUCGGCGCCGAUGACGUGGUCUGCACGAGAAUUUAUGUCCGGGAGUGACGGCGGCCGUCUUGCUCCUGCUCUGGGGGUGCGGUGCAUGUCCCCCCACCCCCAGGAAUGUCUUAGGUCUGAGGUGCCAGUGGACGUCCCCGCCCCCGCUGUCGGCAUUAGGCGCCCCAUUUCCCCACGCCUGUCUGGUAGAGCUGCCCCGAGGCCUCCGGGCCGUGUCCCUGGCCCCCUAGUUUGGCAUCUGCACGGUUUCUUCAUUAAACUGGUUGGACACAU